UCGAUCCGCCUCACAAACCUCUCGUACAACGCUGGAUAUAGAUGGGAGAUCUCUCCUCACAGUGCCAAGAGAUCCUGGGACGAAUCGAUCCUCCUCACCACAGCCCUGUGCGCUCCAUCUUCGAAUUGUCUUUGUUCUUUCAGACGGAUAGAUCCGCCUCACAUGUCAUAUCGUGCGUUUCCCUGAUCGUUGCAUCCGUUGUGUGCAAAUAAAAUGGCAUCUCCUGGCCCUGGAAAACAGCAUGACGUCGUCCAACCGCCCGUUGGGGAAGCGACACCGGAGGGGGCUGGGAACCGUGGUGGGCCUGCGACGACUUCGGCAACUGCGCCUACUAUCAAGCACAGCCGUCAGAGGCGUGCUUCGUCCGGCGAGAAGCAAAACUCGCAAUACUACAAGCUGGACAACCGUCUGUGGUACCUCGACUGGGUUUCUGAAGACCAAUCGGCACCGACGAAACCACCAUGUGGGGGAGUUCUGUACAUCCAGGACUGUAAUGUGAUGCGGCUCGUCGGGGCAGUGAGUGGGUGGGAAGAUUGGUCCGUGGCGAUCAGGAUAUUUUUCGUCGAAACGGUAUACGCGAAGAAUGGCAAGCCUGACCACAAUGCGAAGGGGUGUAGGCUAGCUUGGAAAAACUUUCGGGGUUUUGGAAAUGUUGUUGCCACUCUUCCGUUUUACAGGCCUAUUACCUCGGAUCGUGAACCUGCUGUUCUACUGCGGGAAUUCUUUGAUGACUGGCAGAGAACAGUAUCGCCAGACAGGUGUAAGGACGUUGCCGAGGGGCAUCCCAUUUCCAUGCCGAUUGCCCGUGUGAGUGAUGACGUGCACAGCAAAACACAAACGUCCGAAACAGCAGUUACUAACGGUGAUGAAGAGGUUGCAGUUGCGAAGACGCCUGCCAAAAAUUUGGACCCCAACUUCACUCCGCCGCAGCUGGAGCACUCUCAAGCAUAUGAAGAAUUAGAGCCCGAAAUUGAAGUUGAGCUGGGCACAAUUACGAAGACCACUGCCGAAAAGACGGCCGCAGCCGUGCGACAACGCUCAGAAAAUCCCUCCAAGGGCAUGACAAUAACCAUCCGGGAACGUGGUGAAGCAGAAUCUGAAGGUCAUGUGCGCCGCGAUUUUGUUCAGGCCAGUCCGCGGACUGGUCGAGUUGAUAAGGGGAAGAAACUAGCACCGGCCCAAAGAAAUGUAGGAGAGGAAGGGUCUGACGAAGAGGGGGGUGACAAUGAGGAUACCCCCGUUUUGUCGGCAGGGGAGAAGCGAGUUGGGCAGGGAACAUCCGAGGGGCAGAAGCAAAAGAAGCGAAAAGUGACAAGUGGCGAAGGAAGCUCCGUGAGGAAGAGGAAGCAGGCUGGUGAAAAAGGAGAGACUGCGAAGAAGAAACGGGGAAGUGGAGCCGGAAUGGGACCAUCGAGAGGCAGGAAGGACAAGGAUGAGGUAGAGGUGGACCAGGAGGAGGGGGUGGACAAUCGAGUUAUAGAUUCGGAUGCAGGAUAUUUUAUGGAGUGGAAAGAUGGUGUGAAGAGGAAUGUAAGCCUGCUCGUGAACCCCGAGAGGGUGAUUCCGUUGCCGGCGUGGGAGCUCCCGUACAACCAUCGUUUUAUUGACGACACCCACGUAAACUUUAUUUUGAAGGCUAUGAUGAAGGCGUACUCGAAGCCGGAGCACACCUACGAAAAGCCAGUUGUUAAAUAGCCGGCCAUCAAAGAGCCACCGAAAAAAGGGAAGUGGGCUAUGCGUAUUACACCAUACGAGUUCAAUGAGGACAACCCGAACGAG